GGUUAUGUGCCCUGGCAAUCACCAUUGCGAUAUCACAGGGCAGUAAAAUAUGCCGCUUAUUCCUACUACAGCCUGCUUUCAACUGGCAGUCUGCCCACAAGAUCUUGAUAGUUUGACUGAAAGCUUUAAACAGUGUCCAAAUAUAAUUUUACAAGUUAGCGUCGUGUCCGUCAUAGUUACAACGGCGACAUAUCUUUGGAACGAAUCAUAUCAGCAGUCAGCGUCAAUAUUUGGGGGUCGUCAGCGUUCAUUUUCGCUGUUCUUUAGCGUCUUUGGAAGUGUAGGCACAUUGGCUUCCAUUUUAUCAAGCUCCCUUUAACUUAAACCACUGCAAGAGCUGCUUGACUAACUCAUCUGCGGCAAAAACGGCACUUCUUUGGAUCUAAACCCGUAUGGUAACACAAAAUUGUGGAAAUCGUGUUGACUGUUGUGUUAUUGGUUAGAUGGACAUCGGGAUUUACAUUUGAUUGGGUCGUGGCUGUAUGCCCUGAAGUACUGCUGUUCCGAUCGAGACCUCCUUUUAACCUUCUGCAAGGACGGCUUACUACACGACUGAGCUUCACGGACAAGAUCACAAAUGCGGUUAACAAAUAAAGAGCUUGACGCACUUGUAUUGCAUCAAGCUGGCGUGGUUGCCCAGAAAAGACUAGCCCGUGGUCUCAAGCUAAACCACCCCGAAGCUGUAGCGCUGAUUGCCUCUCAGGUGCAAGAAUUUGCACGUGAUGGUCUAAGCGUCGCUGAGACGACGGCUAGGGGGAGCCGUAUUCUAGGAAGAAACCACGUUAUGCCAGGUGUGGCAGAAAUGAUACACGAAUUAUCCAUUGAGGCCUGCUUCGAUGAUGGAACCAAAUUGGUGUGUCUUAAUUAUCCCAUUACCGAGGCCAGGCUGCCAUUUGAUUUGGCACUCUAUGGAAGCUUUAUUCAAAAGUCUGCGUUGGGCAUUUCGAUAGAAGAUACAGAAUUACAGGAAUCGGAGAUUGAAGGGGAGUCGGUGAAUCCGCAAGAUAACACUGAAAAUGGGCAUGAUAUAUUCAAACCCGGUGAGGUUCUUACCGAUGAUACAUCCCUUGUACUCAACGAAGGCCGCCUUAAGCGAGAGCUAAGAGUUACCAGUGUCUGCGACAGACCUAUCCAGAUUGGGUCGCACUUCCCGUUCAUCGAAGCCAAUCCCAAUCUUAUUUUCGACCGUGCCGUAGCUUAUGGAAUGCGCCUGGACAUACCCUCCGGGAUGUCUGUUCGAUUCGAGCCAGGCGAUACGAAGAGGAUCCGUCUUGUUGAACUGGCCGGAAACAAAAGAAUCUAUGGAGGAAACAACAUUUCACUAGGUCCUCUUAGCGACGAACGUUUAUCGUGUGCCCUGGAUACGGUCCACGUGCAUGGGUUUCGUAACGCAAACGAGAAGGCAGCCAGAGAACCGAUCGACGUGCCGCUAGAGAUGAAACGACAUGCCUACGCAGAAAAUUAUGGACCGUCAGCUGGAGACCGAGUUCGACUGGGCGAUACGAACCUCUUUAUAAAGGUGGAAUCGGACACAGGGUCAUAUGGCGAUGAAGUGAAAUUUGGAGGCGGCAAGGUUAUUAGGGACGGCAUGGGCCAGGCUGUAGGGUACAAUAGCGAUCGUACACUCGACCUUGUCCUGACAAAUGCCCUUAUCAUCGACGCAGUAUCUGGAAUAAUCAAAGCGGAUAUUGGUAUCAAGAACAAUCAAAUCAUCGGGAUUGGAAAAGCGGGUAACCCAGACAUUAUGCCAAAUGUGAACCCUCUUCUCGUGAUCGGCGCGGGCACUGAAGUUGUGGCAGCUGAAGGAAUGAUUAUCACAGCAGGCGCCAUUGAUUGCCACGUCCAUUAUAUCUGUCCACAGCUCAUUGAACAAGCUCUCCAAAGUGGAGUAACUACGCUAAUUGGUGGAGGCACUGGACCAACCCAAGGGACUCGAGCCACCACAUGUACGCCAGGACCUAACAAUAUAAGAAAUAUGUUCGAAAGUUGUGACGUAUUCCCUGUCAAUAUUGGCUUUACUGGAAAGGGAAAUUGUUCUUCUAUAAAUCCGGAGACGCUCGCGCCCGAACUCGAAGACCAGAUUCGAGCUGGAGCUAUGGGAUUAAAACUUCACGAGGACUGGGGGACAACGCCUUCGGCUAUUGACUCCUGUCUUCGUGUUGCCGAAAAACACGACAUCCAGGUGAUGAUACAUACAGAUACCUUGAACGAAGCGGGCUGUGUAGAGGAUACGUUACGGGCUUUUCGUGAUCGCACCGUUCACGCCUAUCACGCAGAAGGUGCUGGCGGAGGACACGCUCCUGAUUUACUUCGUGUGUGCGGUGAAAAGCAUAUCAUUCCUUCAUCGACGAAUCCCACACGGCCAUACACCGUCAACACUAUGGACGAAGUCAUUGAUAUGCUAAUGAUUUGUCAUCAUCUGGACAAGUGUGUCUACGGCAUUACUUCUGCAAAUUCUACUAUAGUAGGGAAUAUUCGGGAAGAUCUAGCAUUUGCAGAGUCUCGCAUGCGUGCAGAAACUGUAUCCGCUGAGGACAUACUUCAUGAUUUGGGAGCCAUUUCACUGUUCACUUCCGACAGUCAGGCAAUGGGCCGGAUUGGAGAGACUGUUUGCCGGACAUGGCAAACAGCCCACAAAAUGAAGGAACAAUAUGGGCCUCUACCAGAAGAUGCUGAAACAAAUAGUGAUAAUUUCCGAGUCAAAAGAUACAUUGCUAAAUACACGAUAAAUCCAGCGCGCGCACAUGGAAUAGCUGAUUACGUGGGCAGUGUUGAAGAAGGCAAGUACGCGGAUCUCGUUCUGUGGCACCCGGCAUUUUUUGGAGUCAAACCGGAGCUUAUAAUCAAAGGAGGACAGAUCGUCACGGCAAACAUAGGCCCAGCAAACGCAUCGAUUCCAACGGCGGAACCUAUGAAUUUCCAACAAAUGUUCGGAUCAUGUGGAACCGCCGUGACACGUAACUCUCUCUACUUCGUGUCGGAGGCGUCACUAACUGCGCCAACCGACAUCCGAGCUUUGUACAGGGUUCGCAGAGAAAUGAGGCCGGUAAAAGGGACACGCACGGUGAGCAAGCAGGAUAUGCUCUACAACAAUUACGUGCCGCAAAUAGCUGUGGACCCUGAGACUUAUGAAGUGACCAUAAAGAACGAAGAUGGCGAAAAGCGUACACUGCAAUGCGAACCAGCACAAAGCAUACCCCUUGCUAGGAGAUAUCUAUUUUUCUAAGCAACUGCAUAAAAAUAGUAGCCAUAUACAUUCAUCUUAAGUGCAGUUGCUAAUCAGGUAAUUAAGAGAAGAGUAAAGAGAAAUGUAACAGUAAUUGCGAGAUAACGGGAUUGUUAAUUAGUACUCAACGUGAAGUUGUGCACGAAUUGAUAGAAGAACUUGAAAAAGCAAAUAUUACGAAGAUAGAUUAGAAAGGAGCCCUUAACUCAGACCUAAGAUAAAAUGAAUUGGUAACCGGUACUUCUAAGAUUAUAAUAAUCUGAUAAUACUGGUAAAGGAAUGUCGAAAAGAACAAAAAAGCUAUAUAAAUUUAGUCUUCCUUGUCUUUAUUGAAAGUAACAGUACAUACUUUUCGUUGUUCAAUUCUUGCUAGGGUUUGCAAAGUUGAUGUGCAACUAAAAUUGACUUCAUGUAUGUUGCCUUCACACACGUUCUAGCUUAUCAAUCACUUAGCUCGCGAUUCAUAUAGCAGCAACCCGCUCAAAAAAGCAAGUAGAUAAAGCGAUAGUAAUAACAAUAAAGCGUUGUGUAU